GUGUGUGUCGGCGGAUUCCCAUCACAACCAAGAUGGCGGCGGAGCGGACAGCCGGCUCGGCACACUGACUGACAGAAGAAGCAGCAGCAGCAGCCUCGCGCGGUCUGUUGGACGGCUAACGGUUCGGCUCCGGUUGAGGACAGAGAAAAAAGAAACACACAAAUUAACGUCAACAAACAGCGACGACACCCGACACUUCAUCGUGUCGGUAAUGCAACAGCACCGGUAGACGACGGACACCGGCCGAAGUUGUGUGUGUGUUUGAGGACCGAUUUGACGUUCACAAGCAGGGCAGUCGGUUGGGAUGGGAAAUGAUGGAGGACAAAGGCCCUCGUGUAGCCGACUACUUUGUGGUGGCCGGUCUGACGGAUCCGUCCAAGCCGUUGGACCAGGAGAUCCACUUCGAUGAUGUUUGCCACAAGACGGCCAAGCCUAAGGCACCCAUCACCGACGUGGCUGUGGUGAUCCGCUCGAUGGGCGAGGAGGUGCCGCCAGGGUUCACCUGCAUAGAGGCGACCCCAACCGGCCAGUCGGCUGAUCUCAACAACGGCGGCCUCAUGGCGCCGCAGAUCUUCCUGUGCUACAGACGAGGCCGCGACAAGCCUCCACUUACUGACCUGGGUGUUCUGUACGAGUGGAAGGAGCGACUGAAGCAGGGCUGCCACCUAAUCCAGACCACACCCGCCGGUCGUCCCGCCAACAUCAGCGGAAACUCCUCCCAGCGCAUCUACGUCACCUACCGCCGGGCGCCCGAGAGCCAGCCUCACGCCGCCCUGGCCGUCACCGACAUCUGUAUCAUCAUCCCCAGCAAGGGGGAGACGCCGCCACACACCUUCUGCAAGGUGGAGAAGAAUCUGAACAGCAGCAUGUGGGGCUCCUCUGUCUACUUGUGUUAUAAGAAGUCUGUGGCCAAAACCAACACAGUAGCCUACAAAGCAGGCUUGUUCAGCAGAUAUCCAGAGGAGGACUACGAGUCUUUCCCUCUGCCAGAGUCUGUCCCUCUCUUCUGCCUUCCCAUGGGGGCCACGAUCGAGUGCUGGCCGGCUAACACCAAAUACUCCCUCCCUGUUUUUUCCACUUUUGUCCUCACUGGAGCCUCUGGAGAAAAGGUUUACGGUGCUGCCAUCCAGUUCUAUGAGCCCUACCCUCCGGAGUGUCUGACCGAGCAGCAGCUCUCCCAGCUGGGUCUCCUGAGCCCAGACACCCCCUCCACCUCCAGCACGGCAGCUGCUGCCCCCAACAGCACCACAAACAGCAGCACCACAAACAGCAGCACCAGCCCUCGCUCGGUCCACACCAACAAGUGCAUCUGCCUGCUCUCCCACUGGCCCUUCUUCGACGCUUUCCGCAAGUUCCUCACAUUCCUCUAUCGCUACUCCAUCUCUGGCCCUCACGCCCUGCCCAUUGAGAAGCACAUCUCUCACUUUAUGCACAAAGUUCCCUUCCCAUCAUGUCAGAGGCCUCGCAUCCUGGUGCAGCUUUCCCCUCAUGACAGCCUGAUGUUGAGCCAGCCGGUGUCUUCUCCUUUGCCUCUCAGUGGCGGUCGGUUCUCCACUUUGCUCCAGAACCUCGGACCAGAGAACGCCGUCACCUUGCUGGUGUUUGCCGUCACAGAACACAAGAUCCUGGUUCACUCGUUACGACCGGCUGUUCUGACCAGCGUCACCGAGGCUCUGGUGUCUAUGAUCUUUCCGUUCCACUGGCCGUGCCCAUAUAUUCCUCUGUGCCCCCUGGCCUUGGCGGAUGUGUUGAGCGCCCCGUGUCCGUUCAUUGUUGGAGUGGAUUCUCGCUACUUUGAUCUUUAUGAUCCACCACCGGAUGUGAGCUGCGUAGACCUGGACACAAACACCAUCUUCCACAAUGAAGAUAAGCGAGCCCUCACGUGGAAAAUCCUGCCAAAGAAAGCCUGUAAAAACCUAAUGAAUGUGCUGAGCAAUCUCCACCAGCAGCUGGUUGAUGGUCAGUGCCGGCCUGACGGGCUUCUGGAGCUGAGUAUGAGCGAUACGUCAGAGCUGAGCUGUGGAAAGAGUCUCCACACUCUGGAGCUGGAGAUCCAGGAAGCCUUCCUGCGCUUCAUGGCAGCCAUUUUGAAAGGCUACCGCUCCUUCUUGCGACCGAUCACCCAGGCACCGUCAGAGAAAGCAACGGACGCCAGCUCGCUCUUUGACCUACAAGGGUUCUUGAAGAGCCGCGAUCGCUCGCACCAGAAGUUCUACUCACUAAUGACCAAGACCCAGAUGUUCAUCCGCUUUAUCGAGGAAUGUUCUUUUGUCAGCGACAAAGACGCCAGCUUGGCCUUCUUUGACGACUGUGUGGACAAGCUUUACAAUUCAGAACGGAGCGCUGAUAAGGGAGGCAAGGUGGACGGUGACAGGCUGGAGGAGACCAGGCUGAUAGAGAUUGAUGAAUCCCAGCGCAGCGAGCACACAGUCUUCAUCACACCUCCAGAGCUGCCUCCGCUGCCCGACGGGGAGGAAUAUCCACUGUGCUACAGGUACGAUGGUUUUCCAGUGUUGAGCCUUGACCUGUUUGACCCGGUGGAGGGUCUGCGGACCCCUUCAUCCCGCCUCGCUGCCAGGCACAGCUGCCCCACCAGCCCUGCCCCCAUGUUCAGACGCACUAAGCAGGAGAUCAAAUCAGCCCAGAAGAUCGCCAAGAAGUACUCGUCCAUCCCUCAGCUGUGGUCCAAGUGCCUCCUCCGUCACUGCUAUGGUCUGUGGUUCAUCUGUCUGCCAGCAUAUGUCAAGGUUUGUCACUCCAAGGUUCGGGCGCUUCGCACAGCCUACGAUGUCCUCAGGAAGAUGCAGGUGAAGAAGCUGCAGCCCCCUGAUGAGGUGUGUUACCGGGUUCUGAUGCAGCUGUGUGGACAGUACGGUCAACCUGUCCUGGCUGUCAGGGUCCUCUUUGAGAUGAAGAAGGCUGGAGUUCACCCCAACGCCAUCACCUACGGCUACUACAACAAGGCGGUGUUGGAGAGCACGUGGCCGUCCAGCACCAGAGGAGGAUAUUUUCUGUGGAUGAAGCUGAGAAAUGUCAUCCUGGGCGUGGCGCAGUUCAAACGGGCGCUGCGACGACAUGCACCCCUCACCCAGAGCCCUCUGUCAGAUGGCAGCGACCUGGAUGCUGUGAGUCACGGCAGCCUGGAUAGCUCUGCCGACACUAACCCGGCCGACGCCCCCAAAGUAGACCCCACUGACGAUAGAUCUAGCACAGUUGGCCGUGGGGGCGGCAGCGUGGGCGCCAGGGCCCCGGUGGCACACUGGGGGGGCUGUGAGCUCAGAGAAGCCACCCUCCACCCAGGAGAUCAGUCAGAUUUGGGUUAUAACUCUCUGUCCAAAGAGGAGGUUCGCAGAGGAGACCACACCACCCAGGACUCCACCGCUGACAAAGAUGACAAGAAGGAGAGCGACUGCAGCUCCUUGUCAGAGACAGAAAGUGCCAAAGGAAGCAAAGACUGCCUCCCUCAGCUGGACUUGGAGAUCAACUCCUCCUUCAAACCCCGCGGCAUCGUUCGCAGCAGUUGUGCAUUUGACGAUUCAGCGAGUAAACCCAAAAGCUCUGCCAGCGCAGGUCACGUUGCAGGCCUCCUCUUCACCUCCUCUCUGGAUGAGAUCGGUGAGGUUCACACCAACAGUCUGAUCAGGAGACAUAAGAGCGCUCUGGAGGAGGUGGUGGGCAGCGCCAGCAGCGGCUCGGCUCUGGACUGGCAGGGCGUGAGGAACCGUCGGCUCAGCGGCGACACGGUGGCCAGCAGCGGCAGCGGAACCACCGUCCUCGGUCUGGGAAUGAGCCAGGGUGAAACCGACCCAGAUAAGAUCGCAGGACACCUGGGAGCAGAUGCCAAAAUUCUCUCUGGUGCCAACUUCAGUAAGAGUAAGAGGCCCCACUCGCUGGUUCUCAGUGGGCUGGAGGGGGCGGCUGCAAAGGCAAACACUGCGAGAAGUCAUGUGGAGGAGGAAGAGGAGACGGAGGGUCAGGACUCCAGUGAUGAAGACAGGAGCAACAUGGAGGCCAUUUUUGAUUUGGAGGAUCUGGAUUUAGACAAACCUGCCACAGGGGUGAUAACUCACAACAAACCUCACAAGAAACCUGUUGAACGUAGCGCGAGUUACGGUGGGAUGACGUCCAUGACACCCAGAGGGGCCGUGAAGCGAACCGGCAUUGAAACAGGCUUCGAUCCUCUUUCCCUCCUGGCAGCAGAGUCCCAGUCUGAGCAGCAGACUGAGGACCAGGACCCAGAGGGGGACGAGGUCAGCACCCCAAGCGCACGGAGACACCUAGCCCGGGAGAUCGAGCUCUACAUGAACCACAUGGGAAGCCCUCUGAGCAGCCGGACGCCCAGCAUGGACCUCCAGGACCCAGCCAGCCCCCUGCUGCUGCACCCCUCCACGCUCCACACCCCCCGCAGAGCCAGCCUGCCCCACAGCUCCCCCCUCAGGACAGCCGGUGUACCGCGCUCCCGCACCUUCCAGCCGCCCUCGCCCUCCCAGCCCAUCUCCCGCCAGCGCCUCUGGUCGUCACCUCCCUGCCGGAGCUCCAGCACCACCCCCAGCCCCAGCCCCCGGCCCAGCCCCUACAGGGAGAGGGCCGACCGGAUGAGCCUGGCGUCGCCUUCGCCCUCCUCUUCCUCCUUCGCUCUGGACACUCUGCUCACACCAACGCUGGACGUGUUCAAGACCAGCAUGGUCUCUGCAGGGAAGGGUGUCGCAGAGAAGGCGAGCCGCUGGUACUCACGUCUAGCCACGUAUACAACACCGACCAAGGACGGACACAGCGACCACCUCAGCGUGUCGUCUGUCGGUGUUGGAGAUCCAGACUAUUCCUCUCUGCUGGAUGAGAAUGACUGUGGGGAGUUUGGGUCCUCCGUCGUGUCUCCACAGAGGAACGGACCCGUCGGCCCCACGGGGCCCCGCAGGAGCCCCAGACGAAGCCCCCUCCGGAGCAGACUGGACAGCCCAACUGCAGGCUCCAACCAUGGGAGACCCACAUCUCUGAUCCCUGGAUGUGUCGUCUCUCCACCAGGCUUCCCUCUGCCAGACAAAUCAGACCUCGGAUCUUCACGCUACACCAGCAACACCAGCAUCUUCAACAACUACGCCAUGGAGCUGCUGAUCUCCAGCUGUUCUCGCUGCAAGACGUGCGACUGUCUGGUUUACGACGAGGAGAUCAUGGCCGGCUGGACGGCCGACGACUCCAACCUGAACACCACCUGCCCCUUCUGUGGAAACCCCUUCUUACCCUUCCUCAACGUGGAGAUCAGGGACAUGAGAGGACCCGGCAGACUUUUCCUGAAGGGCAGCCCAUCGGUGGAUGAGGCGAUGACGUCCUCCUACUCAGCCUCCACAGGUCUGGACACCGGGACGUCCACUUUGUCCACUCCUUGUCCCACCACAGUGAUGUCGUCUCCGUCACCGCUGAUCGCUGUGCAGGAGUGUUCAGGAAGGACUCGAUCCACCAGAGCUCAAGGCAUCAGCAUCCCCUCAGAGCGCCGGCAGGGGGCGCUGUCCUCUGGAGCUCCGAUGGCUCGAAGCGUCAGCGCCUUCGGUCCUCUGGAAGAACCGCCGAGGUUCAACCGCUGCAUGCCGACGUCAGGAAGUCUGCCGAGCCGCCUGAACGAAGCCACAGACCCCCUCAGUAUGGAGUGGCGCCUCCACAACCCUGAGCCGGUGACGGUUCCUUAUCUGAGCCCGCUGGUCCUGUGGAAGGAGCUGGAGAGUCUGCUGGAGAACGAGGGCGACCCGGUGAUCACGGAGGCCGACAUGGUGGACCUUCAUCCCAUCAUCUACUGGAACCUGGUCUGGUACUUCAGACGCCUGGACCUGCCCAGUAACCUGCCGGGACUCAUCCUCACCUCGGAGCACUGCAACGCCGACUCACAGGUUCCUCGUCACUGGAUGUCUGAGGACAGCAAACACGUGUUGAUCCAGAUCUUAUGGGACAAUCUGAAGCUGCACCAGGAGCCGAUUCAGCCCCUUUACAUCCUCUGGAACACUUACAGGCUUAAUUGUACUCUGUUGUUAGAGAAUGUGGGCUACCCUCUGAGCCGGCCGGUACCGGAGGAGGAGAAGCCGUUCACAGAGGAUCUUCUGCAGGGCGUCGUGAAGAGCAUCCAGAGGAACGACGUGGGCCGGCCGAUGGCUCAGCUGCUGCAGCUGCUCGGUCACACGCUGGGAGUCAAACGGCAAAGGAGUUUGUACAGAGACAUCCUGUUCCUGUCGCUGGUGGCUCUGGGAAAAGACAACAUCGAUAUCGACGCCUUCGAUCGAGAAUACAAACUGGCCUACGACCGUCUCACGCCCAACCUGGUGAAACUGACUCACAACUGCGACCGUCCUCCGAGCACCGGAGUCAUGGAGUGUCGCAGGACGUUCGGCGAGCCUUACCUGUGAAAACACUCGUGGACGCUUUAAGACCAGCUCAGGAAUCCUGCAGGAGGCUGAAUGAGGAACUAAAGGUACAGAAAACGUGUGUGUCAGCGACAUGUAGCUUCAUCUACAGACGCUAACAAAGCCACACUCUCCUGGUUUCUCUGGAAAUCCUGUGAAAAAUCUACUAAAAAAGAAACUGUAAAUACAGAGGCAGCAGUAGAGGAAGUGUUUUUUUUAAAAAGCAACAUUUAUAUUGUAUAGUCCAGCAUCACAUGAAGACUAAUAUUAGCAGUAUUUUAACUUGAACUCUAUUUAUACAAAGUCAGCUUUAUUUAUUGUAGCGUCUGUUGUCGUGGUUACCGUCCUGUGGUCGCUGCAGCGCCGCCGUCGAGGAGUUUUCACAACACCUGAAAAACUCACCUCACUUCAGCGGAACAAAACGUCGCUUCAUGUGUUCAGUGUGUUUGAAAAGACGAGUUUCUGUGAUUUAGGAGUUGGAGAAUCAGAAAACAAAAACAUUUAAAGACAGUACAGAAAAAUAACAGCCGCUCUGAUUAUUAAUGCCAAAUAUUCACUGGUUCUGUCUGGACUGUUGGGCUCCUGUUGUCCUCAUUUACCACCACCAAAAAAUGUUUACUCUUCUGAAAAUAUUCAAAAAAUUUAGCAAAAAAUUCCCCAAAUUUCUGAAAAUUUGCAUUUUUGAAAAAUCCCCCAAAUUAGACAAGAAAAUUCUUGUAAAUUUUUCAAAAAAUGAGUAAAAAUCUUCCAAAAAAUCCUAAAAAUAUCUAAAGUGAUUCCAUAUAUAUCAGUAAAACUUGUAAUAGUUUUCUUGAACAUUCACAAAAAAUCAACCAAAAUCCAGCAAAAUUCACUGGAUUUUUUGUGAAUGUUCUUAAAGAAACAUUUCCUUUUACAUUUCUUUUCUUACACCAAAAAAAAGAUCAAAAAUUUCCCAAAAAUGUUGAAAAUGUGGAUAUAAAUAUAUUUUUUCCACAUUUUAAAACGGGUCAGUUUGACCUGCAGGACGACAUGAGGGUUAAAAUGAGGAAUGAAAAGGACUAACUGUUUAAAACCCACUUUUUCAGUGUUCAUCCAUCUUCUGAAAUCAAGCGCUUUCUGUGGAGCUCCUUGUUCUGAACAUUCAGCAGCACGGAAAUCUUGUAAUUAUUUAAAAACUUGAUCAGUCUUUGAAGUAUUUCAGAGAGCAGAGGCGAUGAUGCAGCUGAUUUAAUGAAAUAAAUGACAAUUAGUUUCUAGUUUUGUGGACAGAUUUUAACUUUUUACAAGUUCUGAGACAUUUUCCGUGGCGUUUGCAUCGUUUUAUUGAAUAACAGCAUACAUUUGACUCCCUGCGACUUCUUUCUUCUCCCCAAAAUUCAAUUUAAGUUUAGCAUUUGCUGUUUUUGAUGUAGAGACACCUUAAGACUUGCAGAAAACCUUUAAAACACUGUAGGAGAAUAUUUCAAAGAGAAAAGCAGCUAAAUACAGUUUUUGCUUUUUAGAAAUGCAGCACUGAACCCUUUAAACCUACCACUGUGCACCAGGACAUGUUCUUUAGUAGUGCAGUUUUUAUUUUUAUUUGCUUUACAUCAGUAUAACCCUUAGAUCCUCAGUUUUAAUAGUAAGUAUUGACUUAUGUCUUCGUAACUACUGCAAUAAUUGCUGAAAAGUCCAUCCAUCCAUUCUCUAUACACCGCUUUAUCCUCCCUAGGGUCUCGGGGGGGGGCGGCUACAUAUACAGACAAACAAUCACACUCACAUUCACACCUACAGGCAAUUUAGAGUAACCAAUUAACCUCAGCAUAUUUUUGGACUGUGGGAGGAAGCCGGAGUUCCCGGAGAAAACCCACGCAUGCACAGGGAGAACAUGUAAACUCCAUGCAGAAAGAUCCCAGGCCCACCCAGGGAUUUGAACCGGGGAUCUUCUUGCUGUAACGCCACAGUGCUAACCACUACACCACUGUGCAGCCCUGAGAAGCUCAAUAAACGUAAGAAAAAAAAAAUAGAAGUGACAGCUGUAUCUCUCAGAUCUGUAAAUGUAAAAAGUUGCUCAGCAUCCCGUGGUUUUGUUUCUGAAGGUUUUUGUUGUGCUUUAUUGUGUAUUUUUACAAACCCAUCACUGCAAUGAGACAGUGCUCUGAGACCUGAUUAAUGUGUGAAAUAUUAGUCUAACUCCCCAGAUUUUCUAUGUAAAAACAGUGAUCAUCUGUCUUAUCUGCUUUUAAAUCUACUGAUAAUCAAAUGAAAAUGCAGUCGCUGGGCCUCCACCACGCUGGGCUCUACAUGAAAACAUGAACCUGCUUUUUAUUUCUGUUUACAUUCUCUACAGUUAACUCUGACUAACAUAUUAACAGUUAAGUUUCCAUUUUUAUCAGAACGUUUGCUGUUGGGAGAAUAUUGAACUAUUUAUUAAACUCUGCAGCAUCAUCGCUCUGCUCUCUGAACCUCAGAUGAUUAAUAACCUCCUUUAUCCUGCAGUAAAUCAAAUUUAUGAGGUAAAAUCUUCAUUUGUUCCUCAUUUGUCUACACGGUACACUUUCAUACAUACUAGUAAGUUUUUGGUUUUGUUUACAGAAACUAAUAUUUCAUCAUCAUGUGAACUUUUUGUCAAAGCAAAUAUCAGAGUUCCUGUUAGUUUUACGGUUUGUUCUAAAUAAAGAGAAGCUGCUCUGGAGAAAAUACUGAACCAAAUAAUCUGCCGUCAUUUGCUCUCCUGUGUGGGAUCAGUGUCGGUGCUGAAACAGCGUUUAGCAGGUGAUUUAAGGAAAAUCCUUUUACUGGCUGUUUUUUAUGGUUGAGAGCAUCAGUUCUGUCAGUAAAUGAUUAUAUGGAACCAAAAACGGAGAAAAUCUGGAAACCUGUCAACAGAAGGACACAAAACUACAACAAAAACUAGUUUAUCUACAUUUAAACCAUUUUAACUGGAGGGUAAACCCAAAGUUGGCAAAAAAAAAUGUCAGUAAUAAUCAAGUAAACUGUAAACAACAAACUGUAGAAAUAUGAAUGAAUUCUCUGAGAUUCCUGAUCAUUUAUUUAGGCAGCAUUUUGUGUCUAAAUCCAGCAUCUGACUGAAGCAGCAUAUCUGACUGGAUGGUUUAAAUGUUUCAUAUCAGUCACAGAAUUAUUUUAAUUAAUCCUGAACCUCACAGUUGUUCCUGUUUUCUGCUUAUUAAAAAUCUUUGGUUUCACAUUCAGUAAAACGCCACAGAGCAGCAGAUCAGCCAGCUCCAGCUCCUUCAUAUCACAUUAAAACCUUCACAUUUUACAGUUAACAUAUCAAACUGCAGACAGAACUUCUUCUGCUUCCUUUUAUCAGUUUUAUCGUCCUAAAAACAGUUUAUCAAAACAUUCUGCUGCUUAAAUCUCAAAGUUUUCCCAAACCAGAUCCAUAAACACCAGCCGUGUUUCCACAAGAAAACCGGAAGCAAACGUUUAAAUUGUCAGAAAAACAUCAAAGUAAAUGUUAAUUAGGCCCGUUUUCACUAAAUGUUUUGGAGCAAAUAAACUCGCUAGAAGGUGGCGCUGUAGGAUCAUUUAUGGAUAACUAAAAAGCAGUGACAAAAUCUGGAAUAUCAACCACUAAAAAAGACUCAGAAGAAGAAACAAAACAUAGAAGUCUGUAGGAAUUAUUGUUUGUGUGACCUCGCACUGAAAGAAACUUCUAAUUCAUCAUGCGAGUUAAAUGUUCAGUAAAUUAGAAGUUUAAUCAAAAAACAUGUAAAGCAAAUUAAGAUUCUGACAAAUUUGGGAAGUUUUUCUGACUUUUGCUGCCUUCACUGACUUCUUGUAACGAUACACAUAAAAAUAAGUUCUGGAAACACGACUGGUGAAACUAUGAGAGUUCAGAUGCUGGAUUUAAUUCUUAAUAUUCAUCCGUGUCGUCUCAACAACAACAGACUUUGUGGAGCCAAUGAGCUUCUGUGUUUUUGUUUCCUGAACACACUCAUCCAAACAAACAACCCGUUUAGUUUCUGUCAUAAUCUGAUCUGGUGUCAGUAAAUGUGUGAAAACCUGCUGCUUCAGAGCUCCAACUCAGCCGUCUGUCUAAACGGGAGCUCAGAUCAUAGUUUUAACACGUUUCUCUCAGAAAAACGUGUUUGAAGGUUCAACGAUGAUUGUUGCUGAAGUCUAGAAACACUUUAACAGGACAGAGAUCAGCUGUGAGCAGGAAACGUUUGAUUUACCACGCAGUUUGUAAAAGUAUAAAACAGAAAUGAAUGUUUGUAAAUGUGCAUCCAUGUCGUUUUUCUUUGGGACAAACUGGAUAAAAGUCAUUCAGUGUUUCCACUGAACACGUUUGUUUUGGGUUGUUGAGCCUUUAAAGACUUUAAACCAAACCAACUGGACAGAACGUUACUUUAGCAGCUUGUUGUUGUUUGUGUGUAUUAAUCAGUGAUUAACGACUGUCUGGUUGAAGGAGGACCUGAACCCUGAAGGUCUCAUGAGAUUCAACCAAGUGUGAGAUUUACAGCCGAAGAAACCAAAACUGGAAAAGUCAGAAAGCAGCACUUUGCUCCUUUAAAUAAAAAAAAACAAAACGACCUUUAAGUGUGAAAAUGUCACCGAGCAGCAGGUCGAGGAGAAACUCUGAUGUCAGCAGCUCAGAGGAGCUGCCUCCAUCUGUGGAUUUCUGUUAGAAAAUAAACAAACUCUGUACAAAUGAAUGAUUUUACAGAAUCUGGGCCGUGUACAUUUUAAUCUGCCCUUUGUAUAAAUCUCAUUUUAUAACAGUUUAUUCACACGUGUGACGCUGAAGGUUCUGUACAGCAAAACAUCUACAGACUGUUGAACUGUAAAUAAAAUCACCUACACUCA